AUGCUACUUUGUAUGCGUUAUUUGUUAUUUACUACGUUUUUGGAACAGAUUCCUGUUGGAAACGCAUACACUUCAGUUGGUUGUGUUGCGCUGCCUAUGUUAAAGAAAAUGAAGGAUUAUUGUAUGGGAGGAGUGGUCGGAAACCUUUUCAACAGAUGGGUGGUCUGUCUGUUCCUGGAACUCCAGUCGGCUGUCUCCAAUGCGGAUCAUCCGGUUCUUGUUGUUGGUUCAACGGACCCUGUUCGUGGCAUAGUUGGCGGGGAUGUCAUCUUGCCUUGUUUCCUGAGACCUACCACAAGUGCUGUUGAAGAGUCUGUAGAGUGGCAGAGACCAGUCCUAGAGCCAAAAGAGGUGCAUUUGUACCGAGACCGUAGUGAUGACAAUGUGAUCCAGUAUCCAUCCUACAGUGGUAGGACGUCACUGUUCAGGGAAGAACUGAAGAACGGCAACGUCUCACUAAAGCUGACCAAUGUGAAACUCUCUGAUGCUGGAAAUUACACCUGUUACAUACCAACGUUAGGCCACCAGAAAACCACCAUUGAACUCUAUGUCGGCGGUGCAGCCCCUCGGCCAUGGCUUUCCAUUGUGAGAACCAAAGACAAGGAAGUGGUCCUGAAGUGUGAGGCUGAAGGGUUAGUCUAUAAGCCUGAGUUGGUGUUGCUGAACAGUAAGGGAACCCUCCUCCCUGCUGAUGAACCUACAGAGAGACCCAUGGACUCCGAGGGCUUGUACACAGUGACACGCUAUUUCACUGUCCAGAAGACUGCCACCAAUGUGUUCACCUGUCGAGUUCAACAGCUGGAGAUCAAACACAUGAGGGAGACACAGAUUCAUGUUCCAGACAAAAUGUUUCAGGAGGAAUACCCCUUGGGAUGGAAAGUUGGAAUUGGAUUUCUAGGAGCUGUUGUAGGAGGUGUUGUAGGAGCUGUUGUAGUUUUUCUGUUCAUGCGGAGAAACGCAGAAGAAACUAAUGCAGCGGGAUGUAACGGGAAUGCCCUCCCCCUGGUUCCUGUUCUCGAUAACUUCAAUGUAAAUGGCCUUCCUAAUGGUGAGCGUGUGUCACAACCUGGAGAAUGGGACAAUGGUGAUUCAAUCAAUCAAUGGUGAUUGAUUCCACCAGCCACCCUCGGCGACGUAAUUGAGAGAGACACUUAUCACCUACAGUGAAGCCGCUCAACAUUUACCAUACAAGACAGUCGUGAAGAGGUAUGGUAUGGCAACUGCUUGGCCUCCGACCACAAUGCGCUACAGAUGGUAGUGCGUACUAGAGGUCGACCAAUACCGAUUAUUGGAGGACCAAAAAACUUAAUAUAAUACAUCAUUAAAAUCAAUUUAGCCUCAACUAAAUAAUGAAACAUGUUCAAUUUGGUUUAAAUAAUGCAAAAACAAAAAGUUGGAGAAGAAAGUAAAAGUGCAAUAUGUGCCAUGUAAAAAGCUAACGUUUAAGUUCCUUGCUCAGAACAUGAGAACAUAUGAAAGCUGGUGGUUCCAUUUAACAUGAGUCUUCAAUAUUCCCAGGUAAGACGUUAUAGGUUGUUAUUAUAGGACUAUUUCUCUCUACCAUUUGUAUUUCAUAUACCUUUGACUUUUGGAUGUUCUUAUAGGCACUUUAGUAUUGCCAGUGUAACAGUAUAGCUUCCGUCCCUCUCCUCGUCCCUACCUGGGCUCGAACCAGGGACACAUCGACAACAGCCACCCUCGAAGCAUCGUUACCCAUCGCUCCACAAAAGCCAUGGCCCUUGCAGAGCAAGGGGAACAAUUACUUCAAGAUCUGAGCGAGUGACAUCACCGAUUGAAACGCUAUUAGCGCGCACCCCGCUAACUAGCUAGCCAUUUCACAUCAGUUACACCAGCCUAAUCUCGGGAGUUGAUAGGCUUGAAGUCAUAAACAGUUCAAUGCUUGAUGCAUUGCGAAGAGCUGCUGGCAAAUGCAGGAAAGUGCUGUUUGAAUUAAUGCUUACGAGCCUGCUGCUGCCUAUCACCGCUCAGUCAGACUGCUUUAUCAAAUAUCAAAUCAUAGACUUAAUUAUAACAUAACACACAGAAAUACGAGGCUUAGGUCAUUAAUAUGGUCAAAUCUGAACACAAACUUUUAUUCUUUCAGUGAAAUACGGAACCGUUCCGUAUUUGAUCUAAGUCUAAAUAUUGCUGUUACAUUGCACAACCUUCAAUGUUAAUACAUAAUUAUGUACAAUUCUGGCAAAUUAAUUACGGUCUUUGUUAGGAAGAAAUGGUCUUCACAUAGUCCAGGCGGCCCAAACGUCUGCAUAUACCCUGACUCUGCUUGCACGGAACGCAAGAGAAGUGACACAAGUUAACAAGUUUCCCUAGUUAAUAGAAAUUCAUGUUAGCAGGCAAUAUUAACGAAAUAUACAGGUUUAAAAAAAAUAUUUGUGUAUUGAUUUUAAAGAAAGGCAUUGAUGUUUAUGGUUAGGUACACAUUGGUGCAACGACAGUGCUUUAUUCGUGAAUGCGCUUGUUAAAUCAUUACCCGCUUGGCGAAGUAGGCUGUGAUUCAAUGAGAAAUUAACAGGCACCGCAUCAAUUAUAUGCAACGCAGGACGAGCUAGAUAACCACAUUGUUGAUGAUAUUACUAGUUUAACUAGUGAUUAUGUUAAGAUUGAUUGAUUGUUUUUUAUAAGAUAACUUUAAUGCUAGCUACCACCUUACCGUGGCUCCUUGCUGCUCUCGCGUAACAGGUAGUCAGCCUGCCACGCAGUCUCCUCGUGGAGUGUAAUGUAAUUGAUCGGUGUAAUGUAAUUGAUCGGUGUCCAAAAAGGCCGAUUACCGAUUGUUAGAAAAACUUUAAAUCGGCCCUAAUUAAUCAGCCAUUCUGAUUAAUCGGUCGACCUCUUGUGCGUACGACCCAGUACACCACUGGGGCCAAGCUUCCUGCCAUCCGGGACCUCUAUACCAGGCGGUGUCAGAGGAAGGCUCUACAAAUGACCAAAGACUCUAACCACCCUAGUCAUGGAUUGUUCUCUCUGCUACUACACGGCAAGUGGUACCGGAGCGCCAAGUCUAGGUACUAAAGUAUUUUUAACAGCUUCUUCCUCCAAGCCAUAAGACUGUUGAACAGCUAAUCAAAUGGCUACCUGGACUAUUUGCAUUGGCUGCGGCUACCCGCUGUUCAUUAUUUAUGCAUAGUCACUUUAUGACUACUACGUGUACAGUUUCAGUCAAACGUUUGGACACCUACUCAUUCAAGGGUUUUUCUAUAUUUGUACAAUUUUAUACAUUGUGGAAUAAUAGUGAAGAUACAAACUAUGAAAUAACACAUGGAAUCAUGUAGUAAAAGGUUUUAUAUUUGAGAUUCUUCAAAGUAGCCACCCUUUGCCUUGAUGACAGCUUUGCACACUCUUGAAUUAGGUUACGGACACACUCUGAUGCAUUAACAUACAGUGCCUUCCGAAAGUAUUCAAAUCCCUUGACUUUUUCUACAUUUUGUUACAUUACAGCCUUAUUCUAACAUUGAUUAGUGUUUUUACUCUUUGAUCUAACACAAUACUGCAUAAUGACAAAGCAAAUACAGGUUUAGAUUUGUUUUUGCUAGUUUAUAAAAAAUAUCAGAUUUACAUAACUAUUCAGACCCUUUACUCAGUAAUUUGUUGAAGCACCUUUGGUAGCAAUUACAGCAUUGAGUCUUCUUUGGUAUGACGCUACAAGUUUGGCACACCUGUAUUUGGGGAGUUUCUCCCAUUCUUCUCUGAAGAACCUCUCAAGCUCUGUCAGGUUGGAUGGGGAGCGUUGAUGCACAGCUAUUUUCAGGUCUCCAGAGAUGUUUGAUCGGGUUGAAGUCUGGACUCUGGCUGGACCACUCAUGGACAUGGGCCACUCCUGCGUUGUCUUGGCUGGGUGCUUCGGGUCGUUGUUCUGUUGGAAGGUGAGCCUUUGCCCCAGUCUGAGGUCCAGAAAGCUCUUCAUCAAGGAGCUCUCUGUACUUUGCUCUGUUCAUCUUUGCCUCGAUCCUGACUAGUCUCCCAGUCCCUGCCGCUGAAAAACAUCCCCCAUAGCAUGAUGCUGCCACCGUAGGAAUUAUGCCAGGUUUCCUCCAGGCGUGAUGCUUAAUAUUCAGGCCAAAGAGUUCAAUCUUGGUUUCAUCAGACCAGAGAAUCUUGUUUCUCAUGGUCUAAGUGUCUUUAGGUGCUUUUUUGCAAACUCCAAGCGGGCUGUCGUGCCUUUUUACUGAGGAGUGGCUUUUGCCUAGCCACUACCAUAAAGGCCUGAUUUGUGGAGUGCUGCAGAGAUGUUGUCCUUCUGGAAGGUUCUCCCAUCACCACAAAGGAACUUUAGAGCUCUGUCAGAGUGACCAUUGGGUUCUUGGUCUGCUCCCUGACCAAGGCACUUCUCCCCCGUUUGGCCAGGCAGCCAGCUCUAGGAAGAGUCUUGGUGGUUCCAAACUUCUUCAAUUUAAGAAUGCUGGAGGCCACUGUGUUCUUGGGGACCUUCAAUUACUAGACAUUUUUUGGUACCCUUACCCAGAUCUCAGCCUCGACACAUCCUGUCUCGGAGCUCUACGGAUGGUUCCUUCGACCUCAUCGCUUGGUGUUUGCUCUGACAUGCACUGUUAACUGUGGGACCUUAUAUAGACAGGUGUGUACCUUUCCAAAUCAUGUCCAAUCAAUUGAAUUUACGACAGCAUGUUCCAGUUCCCGCCAAUAUCGAUCAACUUCGCACAGCCAUUAAAGAGGAGUGGGACAACAUUCCACAGACCACAAUCAACAGCCUGAGAUGUGUCAUGCUGCAUGAGGAAAAUGGUGGUCACACCAGAUACUGACUGGUUUUCUGAUCCAUUGCCCUAUUUUUUAAAUUUUUUAUAUAUUUUUUAAGCUAUAUGUGACCAACAAAUGCAUAUCUGUAUUCCCAGUCAUGUGAAACCCAUAAAUUAGGGUCUAAUACAUGUAUUUCAAUUGACUGAUUUCCUUAUGACUGUAAAAUCCUUGAAAUUGUUGCAUGUUGCGUUUAUAUUUUGUUUCAGUCUAUAUGUAUCCACCCUAUAUAAGUACUGGGUGUACAAAACAUUAGGAACACCUUCCUAAUAAUGAGUUGCACCCACUUUUGCCCUCAGAACAGCCUCAAUUCGUCGGGGCAUGGACUCAGCAAGACGUCAGCAGCAUCCCACAGGGAUGCUGGCCCAUGUUGACUCCAAUGCUUCCCACAGUUGUGUCAAGUUAGCUGCAUGUCCUUUGGGUGCUGGACCAUUUUUGAUACACACAGGAAGCUGUUGAGUGUGAAAAACUCAAUAGCAUUGCACUUCUUGACACACUCAGACACAAACCGGUGUGCCUGGCACCUACUACCAUACCCCCAUUCAAAGGCACUUCAAUCUUUUGUCUUGGCCAUUCACCCUCUGAAUGGCGGACAUACACCAUCCAUAUCGCAUGUUUUAGAAAUCCUUUAAACGGUCUCCUCCCCUUCAUCUACACUGAUUGAAGUGGAUGUGACAUCAACAGCAGAUCAUAGCUUUCGCCUGGCCAGUCGCUCAUGAAAAGUGCAGGUGUUCCUAAAGUUUUGUACACUCAAAUGUAUUUGUGUGUAUGUAUGCAUUGGGCUUCAUGGAUUGUUUAUUUGUAUGUGUUGGGCUUUAGCUGAGAUUAUUCUUUCGAGUCCUGAAUGCUGAUUGGCUGACAGCCGUGUUAUAUCUGACUGUAUACCACACGCAGGACAAAACAUGUAUUUUUACUGCUCCAAUUAGGUUGGUAACCACUUUAUAAUAGCAAUAAGGCACCUCAGGGGUUUGUGAGAUAUGGCCAAUACCAAUGCUAUAAACAUUACCCGGAAACUCUUAUUUUUAUGUAUCUUGGAAUGUUCUCAAACCAUUACUGUCCAUGAUAUCGGCAAGCAUACGGAUUUCACAUUUGAACUAUUGGGGGAGGGUUCAAAAGGCCGACCUCCAGAUUUCAAGGAAUUAAUGUGAAAAUAUUGGGAGUAUGUGCAUGCUAUUUUGAUUCCCAGUUACAUUGUUUUUCCAUUUUGAGCCAAAUAGAAAUUGUGCGAGCAAUGAUGGGACCAAAGCAUAGUUUACAUUGUUUAAAGAAUUGAUCAGUGACUCAAGACCACCUCUGCCAUGGAAAUGUGAGACACCAUAUUUCUCUUUAUACUCAGCCAGAGGGCAGAAGAAUCAUGUCUAAACCGAUUUAGGAUGGGGAAAAUGCUAGAGCCUGGAAAUACAACUGAAAGUUUGGUACGGAUAGUCCUAAAUAUUCCCCUCUUUGUAAGAGUAAGUUUAUCUGGAGUCGUUAACCUUGCCAUAUACAUUUUGUAAGUGUAUCCCAACAGUCACAAGGGGGAGCCAUGGGAAGCAUUGAACUACAGAAAGUCUGUGACAAUAUAUUAAUUUUGACAAUAGAUAUUCUGCUGGUUAUAGCAACUGGGAUAGUAAAAUGGCAAAGGCGAAAUUGGAUCGCCUUGUCUGCUGCUUGUAGUGAUAUUGACAUAACAUUUGAAUCCUAUUAAUGAAAUUGGAGCCAAUUACCAUAUGUUCCAAGACCAGAGAUACUGUAUGCCCAUUCUAGUCUAUCAAAAGCUUUUUCUGCAUCGAGAGAUAAUACAGCCCAAGGCACUGUUGUUUUUAACAAAGCGUUUAAGAUAUGUAAUAGUAAACAUUUUUUAACAAACCCGCUUUGGUCCGUGUGGAACAAUUUGGUAAAUUAAUUAAAUUAAGUAAAUCUCGAGAUGGGACGACAACAUUUAGGAAAAUAAUGUAUCUGUGUUUAUCAAAGGUAAGGGGCUAUAGUGAGAAUACUGGGUGGCAUAGUUACCUUUUUAAUAUAUAAAAAGCUAAAUUAGUUCUAUAUUCACAUCUCUCCCAAAUCAACCUUUGUGAAUGGCCUUGUUAAUCAUUGAGCAAUAAUAGAGCAAUAACCUAAUUGAUUACAAAAUGUUAAAUAGACCUCAGGAGGAAUACCGGCCCAUUCAGGUGAUUUGUCUUUAUUUACGCUACCCAUUGUCCUUUUGAGUUCAUUGAGACAGAUUUGGGCUCCCAGCGAGGUGGCUUAUGUUGAGAGAAGAGGAGUUUCUUAAUUAUUUUAGACCGGCUUGGUGUGGAUUUCCAAUCAGAGGAGUACAAUUCUUUUAUAGAAGCAUGAUAAUCUAAGUCGCUCUGGAUAAGAGCGUCUGCUAAAUGACUUAAAUGUAAUGUAAUGAUUAAUUUGGGUUCUGAUAGUAAUUCCCCUGUUUCAGACUCAAUAGUUGCUAUAUCAGCUAAUGAUCAUUGCUGCAUAGCUUGUUGGCCAGUAAACGACUAGGACAAUUACCAUGGAAUGUUGAGUCUAACGCUGUCUUAUCAAUAAUUUAAGUUCUGCCUUGACCUUGGACAGACUAACAGCUACCUAGUCUGAAAAAAGUGUUUGUUGAUGUGACGACCCUCCCACUCUGUCUGCCGUAUUCUCUCUUUGUUCUUGUUUCCUUAUUAGGAUGCCGAACACCUGGACCACUUACACUACUGAUUACACACACCAUUGUAUAUUGUACUUGGUUUACUUUAUUUAAUAAAUAUAUGUUUUGUUACUCCUUA